GGGCGAUUCGUUGCUAUGACGCCAAAACGUUGCUAAGCUAAAGCCCCCUAAUGAGAGGGCUAAAAUAGUAAACCUUAGCAUCGCCUGAUCUAAACAGUUUUGUUUUCACGUGUUUGUUUACAAAAUAAGUGAAUUAAGUGCUGAACGAGCUUUCGCGAAAUAAGGAUUCAAAACUUUGUACUACAUUUAUCAUAACAUACGGAUACAUUUUUUUGUUUGUUUGUUUGAAGGGCAUUUUCUAACAGGGCUCUUAGCUUAUCCGCUAUUAAAGUUGCUAGGCGCUUUUUGUGUUUGUACGUAGAUGAGUGAUACGAUAACUGAACUUUCCCAAAGUUUGCUCAGCUUUGUAUAAUAAAUAAUUUUGCAGCCUAGAAAACACUUAUCUUUCAUGCACUCUUACUCUCGGUAGUGUAGAACCGGUUAAUGGACAGUUUACUGUUAUUUACAGUUGUCCGGAAGAAGAGAUGUCUCAUCACAGCGUGGCUAGCUAACUAACUGUUAACCGGCUAAACUGGGGGGGGGGUUGUUGUGUGUUUUUUUCCACCUGAGACUAGCUAACCGCUCGUUAAUAUCAAUUUAUUUAAGUUCACUUUCGUUGGAAUUGUGUGUAGACUCGGUUAUGUUAUAUAGUAAAAUGGCUAAAUGAUGAUGUUAUUGAAAUCCCUUCUUUCCUUGUGAACCUGCCAAAGUAAAUUAAUUAAGAGUUAACUUCUGAAUGAUCGAAUCUGGUUGAUCAGAAGUUGUUGAUUGAUCUUCUAGAACACUCCAGUCUGUCUAUGAUGGAGCAGUACCAUGUUUUAGAGAUGAUAGGCGAAGGCUCGUUCGGCCGAGUGUUCAAAGGUCGUCGAAAGUUUAGCGGCCAGGUUGUGGCUUUAAAGUUCAUCCCUAAAGUUGGUCGCUCUGAAAAAGAGCUGCGGAGCCUGAAGAGAGAGAUUGAGAUCAUGCGAGGGCUCAAGCAUCCAAACAUAGUUAUGCUUUUGGACAGUUUUGAGACACAGCUGGAGGUGGUAGUGGUGACCGAGUACGCUGAAGGCGAAUUGUUUCAAAUCCUGGAGGAUGAUGGAAGUUUACCUGAGAGCCAGGUGCGCGAGAUAGCUUGCCAGCUGGUAUCUGCCCUGUAUUACUUGCACUCCCAUCGUAUAUUGCACCGCGACAUGAAACCACAGAACAUCCUUCUGAGCAAAGGGGGUGUGGUGAAGCUCUGUGACUUUGGAUUUGCUCGGGCCAUGAGUGUGUCCACGUUGGUGUUGACCUCCUUUAAGGGGACUCCUCUGUACAUGUCUCCGGAGCUGGUGGAAGAGAAACCGUACGACCACACAGCUGACCUCUGGUCUUUGGGCUGCAUCCUCUACGAGCUCCACACGGGGGCGCCGCCGUUCUACACCAACUCAAUCUUUCAGCUCGCGCAGCUGAUCGUCAAGGACCCGGUCAAAUGGCCAGAGAAUAUGAGCCAGGACUGCAUGAGUUUUUUGAAGGGUCUGUUAAAUAAAGACCCUCAGAAGAGGCUGGCCUGGCCUGGCCUGCUUCACCAUCCUUUUGUUGCAGAUGGAGUCAUAGUUUUACCAGAUGACGGUUCAAUGAGCCCCCUGACCAUAACACCCAGUCCAGACGUCCAAGCCAUGAAGCAGCUGCAGGUGGCAAAAAAAUCUGCACCUCGCAGUGGAAAGGGCAAAUUCCUGCACAGAGCCAGAGACAUGCAAGACAAAAAGCAGAAGAAUAGACAGGACCAGGAAAAGAAUGGGAAAGCGCUUGUUAACAACCAGCCUCGCACCAAAACUGCCCCGGCUGGAGAAGCCCCCACCAGCAACCAUUCAUUGGGCAGCACCUUUACAGUGUGUCGAAAUUCAGCUCAUCCACCAGCCAAUCAGCAUCAAGCCAAUGACAUUGGUGUUGCCAGGGUGAGUUUGGCGCCAUGUAAGGGCCCCAUCAGCAGGGACUAUGAGAGAGAGUUUCCUUCAGUGGAGGUGGGACCGAGGCUGAUGGUGAGACGUUCCAGACCUGGACAUACCAGCUUGACUUCCAUUAGGAUGGACAGUGAUGAGCAAGAUGUUAACAGUGAUGAUGAGUGGCAGCGGUUGGUUAAAGUGACAGAUCACAUGUCUGUGUCUAUGGAUCCCCACAUCCAUCAGAAACUGAAGAAGAAGCUCCUCAGAUGCAAGGAGCAGCUCCUUAAUGGAAAGUUGGAAGAGCCGUCCACUAUACUUCAGCUCCUAAAGAUUCUCAGUAACAUUAUCCUGACCGCUGACCCUGCUGAAGCCAGGAGAAUUGGCGAGGAGAUAGACGUGCUACACAAUUUAUUUAGUCUGAUUGAAGUGAUGCUUCGCAGUCCUGAAGUAAUGGAGAAGCCGUGGAGCGAGAGGGUGCUAGGAGAGUUGACGGCUGUGCUUUUGCCGAUUUGGGAGAAUCAGCCUGACUGGCAAAUGAAGGAGAAUAGAGCUGAGGAUUUGUGCCAGCUGUUGAUAUCAUUAUUUCUAAAUUCAGACCUAAACGCUCUGGCUCCACAAGCAGCUGCAGUCCUGAGUCUGUUUGUUCACUACGGUGUGUGUGUUAACAUCCACAUGGACAGACUUACGGCUCUUCUGGAGGAUGUAUUAUCAGGACCAGAAGAGCCUCAUUACCCUUUACCUCCUGGCUGGGGCAUGUGCGACAGCGUCCUGGCAUUAAUUCUUUAUUUUCUCUCUCAGAGUGAAAGCAGUGUUCUGUAUGAUUUUCUGAACUCAGAGGUUUGGUGUCACUUAUGGACAAAAGUUGGCACUAUUCUAGAAAGCACAGCAUCCAAACCAGAUUUUCUUUCAGUUGAAGGUCUCUCUGUCCUUUUAUCUAUUGCUCUGUUUGCUUUCUCAAAUGAGCCUUAUGAGUGCCUUUGCCUGUUUUAUGAUGAUGACAAAAAACUUCUUCGCACCCUCAUUCGUCUACUGACUACCGAUAGCAGCUCAGCACCACUUAAAAGGGGUCCCCUGUGGGGUGGCUCUGAUAUGAAUAGUCUAGCCGUGAUGAGCUGCCAGUUACUGUGCUUUCCGUUUGCUGUGGAGCUGCCCCAGGAGAAAAUGGCGGCAAUUCUCCACUCGUAUCAAAGCCUGAAUCUAGUGGAAGGCUUAGUUCAGGUGAUUCAAGUCCAAUCCCCUGCUCUUUUAGAGCUUCCACUUUUUCUGUUGCUCCGUCUUUGUCUGUCCUCCCCUAAGUAUGCUGUUCCAAGCUUCAUAACAGCAGCCCAGGACUUUGGGUUUCUUCCCCAGAGUGCACCAUCAGACCAAACCCUAGAUAACCUUAAUCAGUCUGAGAGUGCAGCAGAACAGCCAAGACUUAUUGGCACCCCACAUAAAAACCAGUUAGAAAUGGGCAGAAUUGAUGGGAAUCACCCUCACAGAAUCACAGACAUAAUAAGAGGGAAUAUAAGUAAAAGUAGGGACACGAGGGAUCCUUCUAACAUGCACUCCCAGCUAUCCAAAAACAAGCCUGGGAAGAUGAAGGAAAGAGGCUUUCAUUCAAGGCUCAAGCAAGAUCUAAAAAUUCUCAGCACGGAACACCUUCAUGAUGGUAUAGAGCAACACAGUGAUGGUGUGGAGGAGCUUCUAGACAGCCUGGAGUUUCACAAAGGCUUCUCAGACCAUCUCAGACAUCUCACAGCACGGCAGAAGAGCACCAUGAGCUGGUUUAUUGACAGUUUAGAGCAGCCUAAGCAUUCCAUAGGUCACACUAGUGUAAUUAAGGGUCAUCCUAAAGCAUCAGAGGUCAAAGGUCAGCCUCCUCGACCUGAAUUUAGGACAGCAAGUUCUCUCUUGUCCAUGCUGCUGCAAACCGAAUCCCUGUUUGGGUGUGCAGUGCAGCUUCUGACUCUGCUCUGUCAGACUUGCACACCUGGCUCGGCCCUCUUUGCCGUGCCUGUGGACCCGGUCAUGCUCCGAGCUGCCCUACGCCACCAUGAUGACGGGGUCCGAGCCGCUGGCUGCAACCUCUUGACUUGCCUAGAGCCAGAUUUAGGACAGACCUCUCCCAGAUCAAAUGGAGGACCAAACUGGACCAUUGAACCAGUGGUGUUCAAAGACUUGCUAAGCCACUUGUCUGAUUCUGCGCCUUCCGUACGCAGGAGUGCUUGUAAAGCUGUGGUGAAGUGGCUAGGCAUGAUGAGAAAGACUGAAGUCACAUCAAAGGGAGACCAACAUUUACAGGAAGGGACUGAGUGUAGGAGGAGAACCAUCAGUGCUCCAGCAGUAACAGACAGAGGAAGAAUGAGGGUAAGGGUUGAGGGUGUCAGACAACAGAUAAAGGCCAACUCUGGCUUGCCUUUAAGUUCUUUAGGUACUUAUAUAGAGGGGGAAGAGUGGCUCAAAGUCGCCUUGGGAGCAGCAUCUCCUGCGGUUUCUCUCCUCUCAGAUUCUGAUGCCGUCAUUCGACAACAAGGCUGCAUCAUCCUAGGGAGCAUGGCUGCCAUUACAGGAGGUGAAAGUGCGCUGAUGAGCGCGGAUGCUCCCCAUCAACUCCUGCGCCUUGCCCGCGCCGACUCCCAUCAUGCAGUGCGGCGGCAAGCCUUGUCCACCCUGUGUGCGUUUAGUCAACAGGACACACUGCAGCAGGCUCUGAAGUCCAUUGAAGCUGAGCUUAAACUCCACCAUAUAUCCCAGAUUUCUUCAUAUCAGAGCAGUUACAGAUGGAUGGGUCAAGCAGAGAUGAAGCAUAAUGUAGACUCAACACAGGGUAAAAAAAAGUGUGAUUAAUAAAUAAUAAUUGUUUAAUUAUUAACGUGUCAUUAAGUUUUCUCUGGCACUGAGAAUGCCAGGGCCGAUGCCAUUCUCAGUUACCUUAACGUCAGUUAUUGUUCCUGUACAUUUUUUUUGUUUGUUUGUUUAUUUGUUUUAAAGGGGAGGAGGGUGGAGCUGGUCUUGGACAUACAUUAAGCCUGUAAUGUAAACAAUCCCAAUGGCAAUGUGAUUUAGAUUGAGACUAACCUUAAGCUGUGUGUGCAGAGCCUACUUGUAAAAUACAAAUGAUCAGUAUUGUACAAUUCUGUAGAAUGCUACUUAUGAUUAGUGAACACUAAACAAUUUGUCCAAACAGAUGUGUCAGGAUACACUCUAAUUUUCGUUUGUAUUUUUAAGACAUUGCAAUAAUUUUUAUAGACGUUUUGUAAAUUGCAGCUGUCCUAGGAGAUUUUGUAACAUCAUGAACACUAAAUAAAUCAUUUAAAAAAUAAA